UAUUUACAAUUACUCUAAAAAGGAAAAUGUUGCAGGAGGAGAUUAGUGUCCGAAGGAUGGCAUAGUUGUACAAUCGAACGGCAGCAUGUGCUAUGUGAUAGUCACUGGUCGUAGUUUACUGUGGACGUUGCUGUCCCUGGUGGCGUUAAUGGCGGUUUUAUCGGCGCUCAUCACUCCAAAAUGGCUCAUUGGACCGCAAAUAAAAGACACGAAGAACGGGUCAGAGUUUUACGUGCCGACGGUCGGGAUUUUCAAUCGUUGCAUCAAGCUGCACGGUAAGAAGGCUCACUGCGCGAAUUUCAACUUGGACGGCUUCGCCACGGAUUCCAGCGUAUUUCCAGGCUGCUGGAAAGCCUCGUACUUCUUCCUGUCUCUUGGCUUGGCGAUCAUGUCGAUGACGGUGCUGGCAGCUUUGGUCGGCUGCUGUAUGCAAAGCAUCGGCAGAAAGAGCAUCUUCAACUUGGCUGGUGUUGCACAGGUUAUCGCUGUUUCGACGAGUUUGUUUCUUUUUUGUUCGCUGUCGACAGGAAUAUUUUACUUGCUGGGGAUGAUCUUGUAUCCCGCGGGCUGGGGCGCUGAAAGGGUUCAGAGGAUCUGCGGACCGGAAGCCGACGCUUUCUACCUCGCCGAAUGCUCCCUAGGUUGGGCUUUCUACAGCGCCAUAAUAGGGGUUGGACUGACGUUCGUUUGCGCAGUGAUAAGUGACCAAGCAGAGAAGUCCACAGCCAGUGACAAGAUUCAGGACAAGAUGAACGAGGGAAAGACUUUAAUCUGUCUCGCGUGAAACUAGAAAGACUGGGGGGAAUAUCGAGAAUAUCCACAUCUUCGCUGGAGGAGCAAGGAUAAAGGAAACCAGACGCUCUUUUUCUUGGAUCUGUCAGAAAAAAAGGGAGGGAAGUUAUCGUGGGACCAAAUCAAUCCGAAUGGGAAUCCACUUAUCACAGAAAUGAAUCUGUUCCGUGUUCAGUUUUUCCCCAGAUUUUCAAUUAAAACGCAAUUGUUAUGAUCGUUUUAAGAGGAGGAGUACAAUUAACUGUACUUUACUACUGCCAUUUUUUUGUAUGCAAAUAAAUGUACAUGAAACAGAUAUUCAUAAGAGAAGAAUAGCAUUGUACAAGAAAUAAAUUUGGAUGCUGUUAAACACCUCUCUCAUUUUCUUUUUUUCUAAGGAUAGUGUGAGGUAGAAAUAAACGAAGGAUGCUCUUAUUCUUCUUAUUUUCCUACCCUUUCUUUUCUCUCUCUCACUUAUUUCUAUUUUUCUAUCCAUCGUAUCUUUUACUUUCUACUGAAACGCGUUUGCAUAUUUUUCUAUCGUUUUCUUUUUUUUUAUUAAUUCAUUGAGAACAAGUGUAUGGACAGCUUAGUAGUAUUUAAUAAAUAAAUAAUCGCGUAAAAAAGAGAAAGGGAACGUUCGAUGGUCGACGCAUCGUAAACAACGUCUUUGAUAAGUAGAAAAAUUCGCGUUUUCUGUUUUCGGAAAGCUGUUCUUCUUCUUCUUCUUCUUCUU